GCGUCAUGUCGUUGCGUCCUACUUCGCCCUCCAACUUUGACAAUGCUUGAUGUCACUAGCUCACGCCCGCAACACCCGCAGCCGUCAUUUCCGACUGCUGGCGUUGUCGAUGCUUGUGUGAGCCCUUUGGUGCAUACAACGUCUUUCUCUUGCAUCUUGCUUGCAUCUGCUCUGCCGACUGCGAGUAUACGUGACCGUGGCUGCCUCUUCCCACUGCAGUGCUAUCGGCCGCCCGUUGUUUUCUCGCGUUCAGGCAUGCUUGAACGUUCCUGUGCGUGAUCGUUUUCUUCAGCCGCACAGGUCUGUCGCAAGAUUUUCCUGCAGACGUGAGAAGCCGUAGGUCUUAUACAUGCAUAUUUUCAGUAUAGAUGUGGCUGCUGCUCCCCGUUGCAGGUCCCUCGGACCCUCCUCACCACGUCGCAGACAAGUCUUUCCAGGAGGCCUGCCCUUUGUGUGCCGCACAUCGAGCUUCGCCCGCCACUGUCUCGUUCACUAGCGACAUCAUCGACGGUCCCUUACAUGCGAUGUAUUGACAUGUGUGCUUCGUCCCAAGUGGACUUGGCCUGCCGACACAACGAACGGCGCGCCGGGGACGUUUUACGUACCCAUCUACGGCUUGUGCAGCUGGUUUCUAUGGCGCUUUGUCUCGGUCUCUGUCCCUCUCGCUAUCGUAUGACAUGCGAGCAUCCAUCGCCCUUUCACCUCGCAAGGCCUCAGACCAGCUACCCCCCUGCUAUACAUGCUGAUGUACCCGGCUGUCGCUCUUGUUCUCUGG